UGAAAAGUCCCGUCCGGGAAUACAGGAAAAUCUAUAAACAGAAGUAGCCAUAAAUUUACAAUAAUGGAUGAAAAAGAAAGUCAAAAUUUCAUGGAUGUAUGAGGUCUUCGAGUUCUAGUUUUAUAGAUGUAUGGAAUAAAAGAAGCCAUCGAUAUGCAUACAGAUACCUUUUAAACCACUUUUAACGGUUAUUUACCUUUACUGAAGCCUAGAUAUGAAAAUGGGAACGAGGCUAUGGAUGGUGCUCCUGUUCGUCUCCGCCGUGCUAUGUCAGGACAAGGCAAGACCCCUUAGGUGUCCACCUCGCUGCCUGUGUUACAAGUUUCUCCCUCACGUUAGCUGUCGACGGAAAAACAUCAGGGAAAUUUCACCGCACCUACCUCAAAGCAUAAAACAACUUGACUACAGCAACAAUAUGAUCAAGAGUGUUCCAGACUUUGUCUUCAGUAAGAUGGACAGGUUGGAGGAACUCAACCUGAACAAGAACAUGCUGACGGAGGGUGGGAUCACCCAGUUCUCCUUCCUCGGUCUGUACAACCUGGUCAAACUCUACCUGGCUAACAACCACUUCGGUGUCAUCUCACGCUCCAUGUUUCAGCAUCUCAGCCGGCUCAAGUACCUGGACCUGGCAGGAAAUCGGAUCUAUGAAGUGGAACUAGACGCAUUCUACUACCUGCGGAACCUACAGAGCCUUGUUAUGAAGUACGAUAAUCCUAGGACUCCUCUUCAUUCAUCAGCUUUACAUAUUAAUACACUGCGUAUGCUACGUCUGUAUGGGAGGAUGCCACACAAAACAGUUCCACGUGGCCUGUUCGCGUAUCUGUAUAAUGUGGAGUACAUUGAAAUGUUUGACAUGGGCAUCAGAAGGGUGGAUAGAGAUCUGAUAUACGGUUCGCAGAAGUUGUGGGGCAUCUCGAUGGACAUGAACAAGUUACGGGACUUGCCUGAGGACAUCUUUCGGUAUAACAAGAACUUGAAGAGCAUAAGUUUAAGUUUUAAUCGCUUCCGUGACGUACCGAUGGCAGUUAAGCGAGUUACAUGGCUGGAAAACCUGUACUUCAGUGGAAACCCUGUCAGAAUGCUAACGCCACAGUCAUUCGAAGGUUUGGAGGAACUGAAACUUCUCCACAUUGGUGCUAUUCCUGGGUUAGUCACGAUCAGCAGGACAUUCUUCUUGAACGUGCCAAAUUUGCAAUUUUUGUCGCUGUCUGGGAAUCAACGGCUGAGGAAAAUUCAGAAGGACGCCCUGCUGUACGUGCCAAAGUUAAAAAUGCUCAGCAUGGACAGGUGCAACCUAACAAGUUUGGACAAGUCCACUUUAAGCGGGGGGUAUCUCCGGUUGGUCUCUAUGGAGGACAACCCAUGGUCGUGUGAUUGUGAUCUGAAGUGGCUGACAGAGUUUUUGGCAGGAGACGAGAAAGUGCGCGUGACCGGUAAAGAAAAGAUGAGGUGCUCCCAGCCAAAACGGCUAGCAGGAAUGAAACUUGAGCAGGUGCCACCGAAUGAAUUUAUUUGUCGCUGAGAGUAAGCUGUCUGGAGCUGUCAAAUCUUACUAGUUGAUAGAGUUUUAGGAGAAAUUUUAUCUUACUUUGAAACAUCAAGUCAGCAAAGACUAAUUACAAAUAUUACUGCCUAUCAGGCUUGAAAACAAAAUUUUUUAACUUCAAAAUUGUAAGAAUGUAAUUCAACAAAGGAAAUUUUAAUACCGGUGCUACUUUUUCUGACAAUUAAAUGUCAAGUAAAACUAUAUGUAUAUACUGUAUAUCAGUGACACUGUAUAAUAGUACCUUUACAUACAUAACUUUGCACAAAAACUAAGUGCACUCAUUCAAAAAUUAGUUUCAGUUCUUACAAUAGGGCAGAAAGGACAUAAAUUAAAAGGUAGUCAAAACAAUUUCCAUAUACAAUGUAGGAUUGAGGAGGACAAAUUAACAGAAACAGCUAAGAAACUUAAACAUAGGCCAGAUUUUACAUAAAGCUGCAUUUUCAUAUAGCUGUACUAAAAUACAAAGAAAUAUGAGUUUAUUCUGAUAGCAAUAUUACAUAUCUUGCUAAUGUAUUCAGAUUACCAAAUGCAAUUGAUAUACCUCAAUGAUCUUUUUUUUUCUUAAGUACAUGUACAAUGUAUUAAUUUCUCUAAAUACAUCUAUUUCUGCUUAGUACAAUGUGGAUAUUUCACAUUUUAUCAAGGAGUUAACAACAAAAUAUG